AUGAUCACAAACACGGACACAAACACGGUCACAAGCACGGUCACCACCACGGACAUCACCACGGUCACCAUCACGAACACCACUCGAAACACGAACACCACGAGGAACACAAACAUCACGGCGAACACCAUCACCACCACAAACACGCCCAUAAAAACGAGCACCAUCACCACCACGAUCAUCACCACGUCAACGAACACCACCACCAUCACACCCACAAAGAAAAAGAAAGUCACCACCACCACCACGGUCACGAGCACAAAGAGGAACACAAACACGGUCACAAACACGGACACCAUCACGGUCACCACCAUCACCACAAACACGGACACCACGAGAAACACCACCAUGGCCACCACGAGGAACACAAACACAAGCACGGCGAGGAACACAAACACGGACACCACCAUCACCACAAACACGGCCACCACGAAGACCACCAUCACAAGCACGGACACCACCACAAACACGGACAUCACGAACACCACAAGCACGCACGGUCAUCACCACAAACACGGACAUAAGGAGGACCACCACCAUCAUCAUCACGAGGACCACAAACACCAUCACCAUGAGGAUCACAAGCACCACCAUCACGAGCAUCACAAACACGGACAUCAUCACAAACAGGAACACAAACACGGACACGACCACAAACAUCAUCACGAUCAUCAUGAACACCACAAGCAUCAUGAGGAUCAUAAACAUCACGAGGGACACAAACACAAGCACGAUCAUCAUCAUGGCCACAAACAUCAUCAUGACGAUCAUCACAAGCACAAGCAUCAUGAGGAUCAUCAUCACAAGCAUCACGAGGAUCAUCAUCAUCAUGAGUUUGAGAAACAUUUACAUCAUUCGCACGGUCAUAAGGGUUUCGAAAAUAGUUUCGGUGGCGCGCCACCUAUUGGGGAGUAUAUCUUUCCCGAUGCGAGUAUACCAAUUGGUUCGAAGACAACGCCUAUUGUAGCGCCGAAAUUUGUCAAGAAUUUGAAGAUUGUCGAGAGCAGUAGUCCCUUCCCGACGCGAAUAUGA